AUGCAAGCGACGCAAAAGGGACCCAAGGCCUGCACCACCUGUGCCAAAGCAAAGGCCAGAUGCAUACCCAGAGCCGAUGGCGGGGAGAAGUGCGAGAGGCUCAAGAAAGAUUGCUUCUCCCGCCCGCCUGCCCCGCCGCGGGUCAAGAAGCGACCCAAGAGAUCGAGGGUCGCUGAGCUCGAAAAGAGGCUCAAUGAGUUGUCGUCUCAGUUUGAGGGCGCCCAGCCUGCCUCUGGCCAGAGUGUCUCGGCUGCGUCGCCGCCACAGCAGUUCACCAAGGCUUCUGACAAGACCGACAUGUACUCGUUUGAACACCUCUUCCCGUCUCCCAGCCCUACCGGGGACGACGGCUACGAGGCCACGGCAUGGAGCCCCGAGGUCAUGAAGGAGUUUGAUUCACCUUGGCCGCUGCCCGCUGAGAGCGAGAUGCUUCUCAUGGUCUACCGCGAGAUGUUUGCUGAAUAUUUCCCAUUUGUUCUCAUCCCGCGGGAGCUGUCGUCGGCGGACCUUCGUCUGCAGCGUCCAUUCUUGUGGAAGGCUGUCAUGGUGAGCGCCACCAUUUUCGAUGCCACCAGACAGGUGAAGCUCGGGGAGGAGCUUCUGGCGGAUAUUGGCAAGGCAUCUAUCGUCGACGGGACAAGAAGUCUCGAUAUGCUUCAAGCUGUUGAGCUGUUGAUUGGAUGGUCCAUGUGUGUCAACUUGACUGCCAUGUCAUACGGCUCUCAGGGCGAGGAUGCCAAGUAUGGUCCUUUAGAUCACCUCAGGGCGUACGCCGGUGCUUACUAUCUCAAUACCAUCAUCUUCACCACCAAUAAGAAAACCGAUGUGCUCAUGAGCACUACACAACUCGACCACUGCUGCAAGGUCAUCGAGAACUCGAUGGAGUACCCCUCUGACGAGUAUCUCAUCAAGCUGGUCAAGAUCCAGCAACUUGCACAGACCAUUUCAAUCACCGUGUCUUCUGACGGCAUGGCUCCCAUGUCUUUGCCUCUUGUCAUGGUGGUGCAGUCAUUCCAGGACCAAUUGGACACUUUUAGAGCCUCUCUUUCUCCACGUCUUGCACAAAAUCCAACCCUCCUUUGCCAUAUUCACGUCGCCGAAAUUCUCCUCAAAGACAUGGCCAUCUCCGAUCAGCGCUGCAGCCCCGAUAAUAUGCAGGUCUCUGACCGCCUUCAACUUCUUUGGUCUUGCGUUAAGUCUCUCAGCGACUUCUUCGAAAUCCGAUUCGCUGAGCCCGAGAUCGAGAGGCCGCGUUUCUUGUGUAUCAUUGCCUCCGACUUGGCUUACACGCUCAUUACGGGCAUCAAGCUUUUGACCCUGCAAUUGCCUGGGUGGGAUGUGGCGAGCAUCACCAAGGAGCUGGAUAUGGUGGUUAUUUUUGGCAAGCAAAUCGACCAUCUGAUGGAGAUUAUGGCCAAGCGAAAAAGCGGUCUUUUGUCGCCAGACCGCUGCGGAAUCGAGGACCCUCUGGAACGCCUUGUACGGUUAAUGAGAACGGCGCAAGAGCUUGUGAGCAUGCACGUAAAUGGCGGGUCACCUCUACAGAUGGUUGACGACAUGGGAGCCGUUGCAUGGCGAGACAUAAUGAACGAGGCACCCUGGGGCAUGGAGGACAGCCAGGGACUCAUUGACUUGGCUUCAUGA